AAGACUCAAAUCCAUUUGUGUUCGUCGUCAUUGAUUUCUGCCGCUAGGUGGCAGUGAAGUCCUGCCCAAACCAGCUUCAGGCGUCACGAAGAAGGGAAUGGCAUUACCCUCACUUUUUGUGACAGAUGGGUAGGCUUUUAGUUCUAGAAGGCUAGUUGAAAAAAAACGUUCAACAUGGCCGAAACUUGGUCGCCACAAGAAGAUGGCCUGUGUCAAAUUUUACAAUUAUUGAAAGAAUCCCAAUCACCAGAUAAUGCUACCCAACGCGCAGUUCAACAGAAAUUGGAAGAACUCAACAAAUAUCCAGAUUUCAACAACUACUUGAUAUUUGUAUUGACGAAGCUCACAUCAGAAGAUGAACCCACCAGAUCCCUGAGUGGGUUGAUUUUGAAGAACAAUGUGCGAGCUCAUUUUCAUAAGUUUCCUGCCACCGUAGCAGAUUUCAUUCGUAGUGAAUGUCUUUCUGCUAUAGGAGAUCCAUCACCUCUCAUACGGGCGACUGUUGGUAUCCUCAUCACUACCAUCUCUUCAAGAGGGGAAUUGGCUAACUGGCCAGAACUAUUGCCCAAACUGUGCCAAAUGCUCGAUUCACAGGAUUACAAUGUGUGUGAAGGUGCAUUUGGAGCCCUUCAAAAAAUCUGCGAGGAUUCAUCAGAAAUUCUUGACAGUGAUGCGCUGAAUAGGCCAUUGAAUAUUUUGAUUCCUAAGUUUCUUCAGUUUUUCCAACACAGCAGUUCAAAAAUUAGAUCACAUGCUUUGGCUUGUGUCAAUCAAUUCAUUAUGAGUCGAACGCAAGCUUUGAUGAUUCACAUUGACGCAUUUCUGCAGGGUUUAAUGCAUUUAGCUGCAGAUGAUGAUGCAGAAGUGCGUAAAAAUGUGUGUCGAGCAUUAGUUAUGCUUCUCGACGUUCGAAUGGACCGAUUAGUUCCUCAUAUGCAUAACAUAAUUGAGUAUAUGCUAGGCAGAACGCAAGAUGCAAAUGAAACAGUUGCUUUAGAAGCUUGUGAAUUUUGGCUUUCGCUGGCAGAUCAGCCUAUUUGUAAGGAAGUUCUCAACCCUCACCUUGCUAGAUUGGUUCCAGUUUUGGUAAAGGGGAUGAGAUACUCGGAAAUCGACAUAAUCCUCCUCAAGGGAGACGUUGAAGAAGAUGAGAUGAUACCCGAUCGGGAGCAAGAUAUCCGACCUCGCUUCCACAAGUCUCGUACUCAUACGCUCCAUCGUGAGGGUGCUGAAAGUGGUCGUCCUGCCAAUGCGGAUGGGGAAAUUCCUGAAGAUGAUGAAGAUCUUGAAGAUGGUGACGAAGAUGACGGCAUGGAUUCGGACAGCGCUCUUUCAGAUUGGAACCUGAGAAAAUGCAGUGCUGCAGCGCUUGAUGUGUUAGCGAAUGUUUUUAAAGACGACUUGCUUCCAGUGCUGUUGCCAAUUUUGAAGGAGACUCUUUUUCAUGCGGAUUGGGAGAUCAAAGAAUCUGGAAUUUUGGCGCUUGGAGCGAUUGCUGAAGGUUGUAUGACAGGAAUGGUAGCCCAUCUUCCCGAGUUAGUUCCCUUUUUGAUUAAUUGUUUGUCGGAGAAAAAAGCUUUGGUACGCGCUAUCACUUGUUGGACUCUCAGCCGCUACGCUCACUGGGUUGUGGGCCAACCUCACGAUCAGUACCUCAAACCGCUAAUGACCGAACUUCUGAAACGAAUAUUGGACGGGAAUAAGCGUGUACAAGAGGCUGCUUGUUCAGCGUUUGCCACUCUCGAGGAAGAAGCGUGCACAGAACUAGUACCCUAUUUGGGUUUCAUUCUGGAGACCCUUGUUUAUGCCUUUAGCAAGUAUCAACAUAAGAACUUGUUAAUUCUUUACGAUGCUAUCGGUACGCUGGCAGACUCAGUUGGUCACCAUCUAAAUAAACCCGACUACAUUAAUCUACUGAUGCCACCACUAAUCACCAAAUGGAAUGUGCUCAAAGAUGAAGAUAAAGACCUUUUUCCUUUACUUGAAUGUCUAUCAAGCGUAGCGACAGCACUACAAUCGGGAUUUCUGCCCUAUUGUGAGCCAGUCUUUCGUCGUUGCAUUUCUUUAGUAGAACAGACUUUAAAUCAGCACAUUGCCAGUAUGCAGCAACCUGAUCAGUUCGAAGCUCCCGACAAGGACUUUAUGAUUGUAGCCCUUGACCUUCUGUCUGGAUUAACGGAGGGUCUUGGAGGCCAUAUCGAACGUCUCAUCGUCGCAUCAAAUAUUAUGCAGCUUCUUUACCAAAGCAUGCAGGAUCCAAUGCCUGAAGUUCGUCAGUCGUCGUUUGCUUUGUUGGGGGAUUUGACCAAAGCAUGCUUUCAGCACGUUCUGUCAUGCUUACCUGAAUUCCUGCCCAUCCUAGGACAGAACUUGAACCCGGAAUUCAUCUCAGUCUGUAACAAUGCCACUUGGGCUAUAGGGGAGAUCGCGGUAAAACUCGGAAAUGAAAUGCACAACUAUAUUCCAUUGUUUUUGAACCAGUUGAUUGCCAUAAUCAAUCGACCCAACACCCCAAAAACACUUUUGGAAAAUACAGCCAUUACCUUAGGUCGUCUGGGCUUUGUGUGUCCCCACGACGUGGCUCCUCAUUUGCAACAAUUCGCCCAACGAUGGUGUAUGUCGCUUCGAAACAUACGAGACAAUGAAGAAAAGGAUUCCGCCUUUCGUGGGAUGUGCAACAUGAUAGCUGUUAAUCCUGGUGGCAUCGUGCACGAUUUCAUCUUCUUCUGCGACGCCGUCGCUUCCUGGGUCAGCCCGCGGCCUGAUCUCAAGGAACAAUUUGUCAAAAUUCUCCAAGGCUUCAAAAGUCAAGUAGGUGACGACGGUUGGAAACGUUUUACUGAUCAGUUUCCGCCACCACUUCGUGAACGCAUGUCGCAACAGUAUGGUGUCUGAUGGCUGACUGCGUCCGUACUACAUAUUCACGGUGCUGGUCUCCGUCGGAAAGAGAAAAAAAAAUGAAAAGCAAAAAAAAAAAAAAAAAAAUGUUAGCUGUUUUCUUUCAGGCUAAACAUCGACUUUUCCUGCUCAUUUCCUAACAAAUUUCGUCAUGGUAAAAACAUGGUGAAAUUAUUCUUUAUUUCUUGUAACUCGUCUUUUUGAUUAUUUUUCUUUUCCUGUUUUCUUCUGUUUCUUUUCUUUUCCAGGCUCUCUUAGCGUGGAUGCCGUUCUUCUUUAUUCUUUUAAGAAAUUAGGUAUAAAAAUGUCUGGUUCUUUCGGAUUUGGUCAGAACCAUAUUCCGAAAUUGCAGAUUGUGUGAAGAUUUAAGCGUCCAAGUUAGGUUUGAUGUAUGUACCCUCGUAAUUUUUUGAGGGGUUUGAAUCCUUUAUGGGCAGUCGUAAUGUCAUCUUCAUUUGUUGGCCUUAAGCCCUCGGCCAUUCAUUUUUUCUGUUAUGCUAUUGUAAUUGAUUGGUUCGUGACAGGUUGCAUCCGACCUUGUCAGACAGAAUUAUUUGAGAAGGCCUAGGUGUACGCUUGUGUUAGUUUUGUACUUCUUCAUUGUUGGUAAAACUUCAUACCACUGACCUCCAGCGCCAUCUGAUUUAGAAUAUGGGGAGGGGGGAAGGGAGGGCUCCGGUCAAUUUUUGUUCAAUCGUUUCAAAGCGUUUACUUAUGUACUUAAAAACGCCAAAACAGUAGCGUUAUCGUUCGCGCUCUUUGUCCUUUUUUUUCUUUUUUUUUCCAAAAUUCAAUCGUUUGUUCCUCUAAUUGAUACCCAAGUAAAAACAAAGUUCAUGACUAUUAGCGUUCCACUUAUAAAUCUUCUUUAGAGGGAAUUGUUUGCUUUUUUAAAAGGGAAAUAAGUCUGUGAUAUCUGCACGCAAUGCUCAUCACUUUUUUGUCGAAAUGCUUCAGUGCGUAUGAGGAAAAUCGUUUUUAAAAAAAUAACUUGAGGCUUAAAAAAAUAAUAAAGACAAUUACUUGAAAGAAUUAAGUCAAUCAAACUCGACCCCAGUUUCAAAUUAGACGCGAACCAAAAUUUUUUUUGUUUGUUCCAGGGUCGUGAUUUGUUGUCUCGCGUAUACGGGUUGGGUAUAGGGAAAUCAAAAACAAAAAAAUUUCCUUUUUCUCGAUAUAGGCUUAUUUGGUUUUAAAAUUGGGGAUGGAAUUUGCCUACUUUUUUUUUCUCUCUUCUAGUCUGUAAGGUCGGGGUAAUUUUUUCAAGGGGACGCAUUUCGUUGCCCUUUGCCAUUUUAUUGGCGUCGUUAGGAUUUUUCUGAGUAUUCACCAUUAACUUGGUGAUGGUAUAGCGGGAUAAGAAAUUCGAUCAAUUGGGCAGGGUUAGAAAAAGAAGUCAAGUUGGCCACUUCAGAAUGUCAUGUCACACGUUGUGACUUGAUAUGCUUUACUUCACUUUUCAUCUUUCCGAUUUUUUCCGUUUCGAGAAAUAAAUCUUGAUUUUGUUCUUUGAAUUUCCAUCUACAGCCACAUUUCUCGUCCCCUAGGCCUUCACAAUUCAACAAUGUAUAACUGCCCGUCAUUGUUAGGCUAUUUUAAUAUGUGUGAGUAUGUGUAUUUCUCUAAUUGGUGAAUGUUAGGACUAAAUCUUCUAUAGAAAUGAGUAAAUGAUCAUUAAUCAUACAAGUGUUCUGUUACUGUAGGAUUUUCACACGUUUAAAUGAUUAAGUUAUAAAAAUUUGCCCUCGCUCGUCGUUUCUAGCACUUCGUAACAAGUUUCUUUCCUCAUAAUUGAAUUGGCACAUUUCUCCCAUUGUGUGUCAUGUCGAAUGAUCAAUAGACGAUGAAAUUGCGUA